AGCUUAGUUAUUAAUUUCUUUCCCAGUCCCAAGGUUUUGCUGAAGAGUAAAGAUCCAACCACCCACCCACACACACACAUACACACUAUUACUCAAAGUUCUGAAAUUGAAUUGAAACUGAUUCCCAUGGAGAAGUCAAGGCACAUAGCGAUUGUAGCCAGUCCAUGGUUCAGCAUUCAAGCUUCAAUCAUCGAGUUUUCGAAACGCCUCAUCCAACGCUCCACUGACUUGCACGUUACGUGCCUCAUUCCCACACUCGGUUCUCUCUCUGAUGCCACCAAAGCCAUCCUUCAAACACUCCCUUCAAGAGCAACCUUCACUUUGCUUCCCCCAAUCCUCUACGGUGACCCACCGCAAGGGACUCCAAAACCACCUCUGUUGUUCGGGCACACAGUGACUCGCUCUCUGCCAUAUAUCCGCGAUGCUUUACAAUCAAUAAGUUCAAGUUCAAGCUCAAGGCUAGUUGCUAUGGUUGUCGAUUUUUUUGCAAGUGAUGCACUGAUUUGUGCCAAGGAGCUAAACAUGUUGUCCUUCGUUUACUUCCCAUCAUCGGCUAUGACACUGUCUUUCUUCUUACAUUUUCCAAAGCUGGAUCAGACUGAGAUCAGAGACCUAUCAGAACCCAUUGAAAUUCCUGGUUGCGUACCCAUUCUUAGCAGAGAUCUACCAAAAUCAAUUCAAGAUCGAACUAGUCAAAUGUAUGCAUUCUUUCUUCAACGAUGCCAAAAACUACAUGUAGUUGAUGGGAUCAUGGUUAACAGCUUUAAAGACAUUGAAGAAGGACCUAUAAGAGCGUUGAAAGAGGAAGGAAGUGGCUAUCCCAGUGUUUAUCCGGUUGGACCAAUUCUCCAAAGUGUAUCAGGUAAUGACACAACAAAUGGGUGUGAAUGUUUAAGGUGGUUGGAGAAUCAGGUACCCAAUUCAGUUUUGUAUGUUAGCUUUGGAAGUGGAGGGACACUUUCACAAGACCAGCUUAAUGAGUUAGCUUUGGGAUUGGAAAUAAGUGGUCAGAAAUUCUUAUGGGCUGUGAGGGCACCGAGUGAAUCUGCCAAUUCUGCUCAUCUUAAUUUUGAAAAUGGUGACCCUUUAAGGUUCUUACCAAAUGGGUUCAUUGACAGGACCAAAGGACAAGGUUUGGUGGUUUCUUCAUGGGCACCUCAAGUUCAAGUCCUUAGUCAUAAUGCAAUUGGUGGGUUUUUAAGUCAUUGUGGAUGGAACUCUACCCUUGAGAGUAUCAUGAAUGGUGUACCUCUUAUAGCAUGGCCACUGUUUGCUGAGCAGGGAAUGAAUGCAGUUUUGUUAACUGAUGGCUUAGAAGUGGCACUAAGACCUAAAGCUGAUGAAAAUGGUUUGGUGGAAAGAGGGGAGGUUGCUAUGGUUGUGAGAAGAUUAAUAGAGGGUGAAGAAGGAAGAGAAAUUGGUAGAAGAAUGCAGAAAUUGAAGGAUGCUGCUGUUGAAACUCUCCAAGAAGAAGGGUCAUCUACGAAGACUCUGAUUCAGUUAGCAGUCUAUUUGAUGAGCAAUUAGGAGUAUAAACUUGUGGGCAUCGUUAUGGUUAGUUGCCUAAAAUGAUAAACAUGAGUGAGGAUUUGUGUCUAUUUAGAAAGGUAGUGUGUAUUUGACAGUAGGUUGCAAAUGGUAGUGUUAAUGUAUUUUGCCAAGCUCCUCUUCUCUUGAUUAGGAUGGUUGCAUUUUGUAAGAUGUUGAUUAAACACAUCAUUUUAUGCUUAAAAUGUUAAUUUUCAGCAUUCUGAUAAGUUUUAGAACAAGCACUCGGUGCUUGUGAUUAUGC